AUGUCUGAUCACAAACACAUGAUUGUUGUUGUUGGUGCAUAUCGCUUCUUCAUUAAGUGUUUCCAAAGAGGUAAAGCAAGCCUGCUUGUCGCAGAUCUUUCUUUCGGUUUUGAUACUCUUGUCAACAUACUCUUUUUCACCAUCCGAAUAUCACAAGAGAUGGCUGGACAAAAAGAAGAUGUUGGAGCUUCACAGAGUGGUCCACUGCUCGCAGAUGAUCCUCCAAAGCGCAAGCAAUCGAAAUACAAGCGGUACACACCCAGGAAGUUUGACAAGUUCUUCAACAAACUCCCCUUUGAGCUGCGACAAGAGAUCUGGCUCUUGAGCCUGCCGGAUGGUCAACCUAUCGUUGUCACGGCUCGUCGCGUGAAUGUUGAGAAUGCGGAGGUUAGAGAGACCGAGACGAUUCCCAGCUAUACAGUCCCAAGUUACCUCAUGGUGAGCAAGGAAGCUCGACAGUUCAGCAACCAGGAAAAGGGUAUCUGGAUCGAUCUUGCUAGAGAUGUCCUUACUAUCGUCAUGGGUGAAGCCACCGACUCAUUCUUGGGAUUCAAGUGUGGAGCUGUUCAGGGUCCCACUGGCUUUAAGCAUGAGUUCCGGGUAACAAGACCUUUGACGGAAAAGAUUCACAUGAUUGCCUUCGAAGGUUCUUAUCAUGGAGUUCACGUUAACUUCUCGCCCGUUCUGCUCGGCGCAAUGGGUAAGCGAGAAAAGGUUUACCUAGUUCGUUACAGUGGCUUUGCAUACGACCUGACACCAACACAAUUGCAUGUCAACACUAGCUGGGUAGAGCAAGUCCAUGAUGCCAUCCGACUUCAAUACUUGGAGCCAACGGUUGCAGCCCGGACCUAUAAGGCAUUGAGAGCAGACUUGGCUGAACUGGGUCCCGGUGUGGUAAAGAAGCGGCCACAGUUGGAGGCAGGAGAAGUAACUAUGGUUGAUGGUGAAAAUUAG